GGGGUUACGCCCGUUGCCAUAGUGAUGGUGCUGCUGGAGGCUACGCCCCUGUUCCGGCUCUCGCGAGAGCUGGCGGCUGGGGCGGGAGCUGCGGCUGCCGGCGGCACUCUCCCUUGGGCCGCGCCGCUCGCCAUGAGCUUCCUCUUUGGGAGUCGAUCUUCGAAAACAUUCAAACCCAAGAAGAAUAUUCCUGAAGGCUCCCAUCAGUAUGAGCUCCUGAAACAUGCGGAAGCCACUCUCGGGAGUGGCAACCUCAGACAAGCGGUGAUGCUGCCGGAGGGAGAGGACCUGAAUGAGUGGAUUGCAGUUAACACUGUGGAUUUCUUCAACCAAAUCAAUAUGCUGUACGGGACCAUCACAGAGUUUUGCACAGAGGCAAGCUGUCCAGUCAUGUCUGCUGGACCAAGAUACGAGUACCACUGGGCAGACGGUACCAACAUAAAGAAGCCAAUUAAGUGCUCGGCUCCGAAGUACAUUGAUUACUUAAUGACGUGGGUUCAGGAUCAGCUGGAUGACGAAACCCUCUUCCCUUCAAAGAUCGGUGUCCCUUUUCCCAAGAACUUCAUGUCGGUGGCCAAGACCAUCCUGAAGCGACUCUUCCGCGUGUACGCCCACAUUUACCACCAGCACUUCGACUCUGUCAUGAGGCUGCAGGAGGAGGCACACCUCAACACCUCCUUCAAGCACUUUAUCUUCUUUGUGCAGGAAUUCAACUUGAUCGACAGGCGGGAGUUGGCUCCGCUGCAGGAACUCAUCGAGAAGCUGGGUUCCAAAGACAGAUAAACUUUCCCUGGGAGGACCCACUCGGCUUCCA